GGUCGUAAGACUAUAGCCUGUCCUCUAAAGACGAAGAAAAAAAAACAAAUGUGACAACCAUUCGAAAAGUCAAAAAAUACGUUUAGCAGACGGUGGUUCCAUGAAUAAUUUUUAUUUUAUUUAAUGAAACAAUAAUAAUAUACUACAUCAUUACAAACUUUUCUACUUAAUAUAAAUAGAUAUGGAUGUUACGGAAGAGAAUUUAGCUACUUUAGCAAAUUACUUGCAGCAAACAUUGAAUCCAGAUCCGAACAUUAGAAGGCCGGCCGAGAAGUUUCUGGAAAGUGUUGAGGUGAACCAGAAUUAUGCCAUUUUGUUACUCCAUCUGAUUGACAAGGAUGUUGUCGAUCUCACCAUCAGAGUGGCGGCUUCAAUAGCCUUCAAAAAUUACAUCAAGAGGAAUUGGCCUGUGGAAGAAGAUGGCGUGGACAGAAUUCAUGCUUCAGAUAGAGCCACAAUCAAAACCCUGAUAGUGAACCUAAUGUUGAAGUCUCCGGAAGCCAUCCAGAAACAAUUCAGUGAUGCGGUGUCCAUUAUAGGCAAAUAUGACUUUCCAGAGAAGUGGCCCAGUCUUAUCCCGGAAAUGGUGGAGAAAUUCGCUACAGGAGAUUUCUAUGUGAUCAAUGGCAUCCUACGUACAGCGCAUUCUCUAUUCAAAAAGUACAGAUACGAGUUCAAAUCGCAAAAACUGUGGGAAGAGAUUAAACAUGUGCUUGAGAACUUCGCUAAGCCUCUCACGGAUCUGUUUGUGGCGACACUAGACCUUACUAACAAGCACGCGUCGGACCUGCAAGCGUUGCGAGUGAUCUACGGCUCGCUAGUGCUGAUAUGCAAGGUGUUCUACUCGCUCAACUACCAGGAUCUGCCCGAGUUCUUCGAGGACAACAUGCCGAUAUGGAUGCCGAACUUGCUCCAUCUGUUGCAAGUGGAAGUGCCCGGGAUUGAUGACGGCGACGACGAGAACCCCGGUAUAAUGGAGCGUCUGCGCACGGAGGUGUGCGAGUGCGCGGCGCUGUACGCGCUCAAGUACGAGGAGGAGUUCGGGCCGCACGCCGCCGGCUUCGUCACCGCCGUGUGGAAGAUACUGCUCUCCACCGGCCCGCAGCCCAAGUACGACGCGUUGGUGUCGAACGCGCUAACAUUUUUGGCUAAAGUGGCCGAAAAGAACACGUACAAGAGUCUGUUUGAAGACCCCGCCACACUGAGCAGUAUAUGCGAGAAAGUUGUCAUACCCAACAUGGAGUUUAGGGAGUCAGACAUGGAACUAUUCGAGGACAACGCGGAGGAGUACGUGCGGCGCGACAUAGAGGGCUCUGACGUGGACACACGCAGGCGCGCCGCCUGCGACCUCGUCAAGUCACUCGCAGCACACUUCGAGGACAAGAUGAUGCAUAUAUUCGGACAAUAUGUUCAGAUGAUGCUGGCGAAGUUCGAGGCGGAGGGCUCGGGCGCGUGGCGCGGCAAGGACGCGGCCAUGUACCUGGUGACGUCGCUGGCGGCGCGCGGCUCCACGCUGGCGGCGGGCGUGACGCGCGCGUCGCCGCUCGUGGACGUGGCCGCCUUCGCCGCUGCGCACGCGCUGCCCGAGCUGCAGCGGGACCCGAACGAACUGCCGGUCCUCAAGGCGGACGCCAUCAAGUUCUUUAUGACGUUCCGAUCGAUCCUCCCCAAGGAUCUCAUCGUCACAGCAUUCCCGCUCAUCAUCCAGCACAUCGGCGGGCGCGGCGUGGUGUGCACGUACGGCGCGUGCGCGGCGGAGAAGCUGGUGGCGGGCGGCAUGGUGCCGCGGCAGGCGCUGCAGCCGCACGCGCCCGCGCUGCUCGCCGCGCUGUUCGCCGCGCUGGGCGACCACUCCGCGCCCGCCGACCACAACGAGUACGUCAUGAAAGCGAUCUUGCGCACGCUGGCGUGUCUGCAGGAGUCUGCGCUGCCGUACCUCGGCGACGCGCUGCCGAAGUUGGCCCAAAUGUUGGCAGUCGUCGCCAAGAACCCGUGCAAGCCGCACUUCAACCAUUAUCUCUUCGAAACGUUGUCUUUGGCCGUAUCUUUGGUCACGAAAUCUAACCCUAAUGCAAUAUCGGCGUUCGAAGACGCACUGUUCCCGAUAUUCCAGGAGAUAUUGCAGAACGAUGUGCAAGAGUUCAUGCCGUACGUGUUCCAAAUGCUGUCGCUGCUGUUGGAGCUGCGCGGCGCUGGCAGUGGCGGCGACAGCGCGGGCGACGGCGACGCGUACGGCGCGCUGCUGCCGUGCGUGGUGGCGCCGGCGCUGUGGGAGCGCGCCGCCAACGUGCGCCCGCUCGUGCGCCUGCUGUGCGCCUUCGUCGCCGCCCGGCCGCAGCUCGUCAUCAGCUCCGGGAGACUGAACGCGAUGCUGGGCGUGUUCCAGAAGCUGAUCGCGUCCAAAACUAACGACCACGAAGGAUUCUAUUUGAUACAGACCAUGUUGUACAAGUUUGGAAUGUCUGUAAUGGAGCCGUAUGUGAAGCAGAUAAUGACGCUGCUGUUUCAACGGCUGUCCUCGUCCAAGACUACGAAGUACGUGCGCGGGCUUAUCGCGUUCCUCGGGUUUUACGCGACGCAGUUCGGCGCGGACCCGCUCAUCGAUGUUAUAGACUCCGUGCAGACCAACAUGUUCGGCAUGUACAUGGAGCGCGUGCUGGUGCCGGAGCUGCAGCGCGUGGGCGGCGCGCUGGAGCGGCGCGCGGCGGCGGCGGGCUGCGUGCGCAUGCUCACCGACUCGCAGCACUUCCGCCACGGCGCGCUCGCGCCCGCCUGGCCGCGCCUCAUGCAGGCCCUGAUCUCGCUGUUCGAGCUGCCGACUGACGAGUCGACACUGCCCGACGACCACUUCAUCGAGGUGGACGACACGCCCGGCUACCAGGCGCAGUACGCACAGCUCACUUGUGCCAAGGGAGUCGCCGACGAUCCGCUAGCGAGCAUCUCAGACACGAAGCGGUACCUCGCGGAGCGGCUCGGGGAGGCGUGUCGCGCCAACCCUGGGCUCUACCCGCCGCGGCUCGCCGCACUUGACGAACCAUACCGGAACACGCUGCAGCUCUACCUCAACACCUACGGCGUGCAGGUCUGCUGAGAGACCAGCGUCGCGUGAACCCUCGGACUGAACUUUGUGAAUUAUGACUUGAUUGUAAAUAUAUCAUCGGCAAACUAUUCUUAUCUAAUUGGAAUGGAGAUGGAAAUAGCAAGAGAUGUAACGAAUUUGGAAGCGUAUUAUGGGCAUUUUUCCAUGUGACUUGGUGGGAAUUUGUGAAUCUUUACGAGAAUUUAUGUAUUACAGCAUAUGCAAAUUUUACUAUCGUUUUCAAUAAAUGAUCUCAAUCACAAUCAUUAAUCUGAUUCCGAGCAGAACCAAUCAAAACUCAUUUGUAAGCAUGUCAAUAAAAAUUUUAUUCUGAUUGGUCCAAAUUUUGAGAUAGAUCGAAAAAAGGGAUUGAGAUCGUCUAUUAAAAAUGGCGGUUAGACGCACUGAUGACGCGAUUUGAAUACAAUACAUAAUUUACUACAAAAUUCUUAAAGUACUGUUCGUUAUAAUGUUUAGAUAUGCUCACAAUUCGCUUUUGCGAUUAGGUACGGUGAACGUCUUGUGUUAGUGAAUUGUAACUGAAGGUCUAACUAAACUGAAAUAUGUAUUGCAGGGAUGGCAAACCUUUAAUGGUUAACGUGCCGUUAUCUAUAUAUAUAAAAAUGAAUCCCUAUUUCCCUUGGUCACGCCAUCACGCGUGAACGGCUGGACCGAUAUCACAUUUUUUUUGUUGUGUUAUUGUCAGGAUAAGGUUCUUAUGAAAUGAAAAAUCAAAAAAUUGCGCAGUAAUUUAGAAAAUUUAAGAAAACUUAACGAAAAUAUUAAUUUUAUAUAACUGUCAAUUGUUCGAAAUAACUGUCAGCGAUUGACAGAAUGCCCGCUGCAAAUUCAUAGUUAAGACGGGACAACGUCUGUCGGGUCAGCUAGUACAUAAUAAAAAUAGAUGGCCGGUAACGUGUCAGUCAGAGACCAGUUUUAUCUAUCCUAAUGCCCCUUUUAGGUGACUUUUAUGAUCCAACUAUAUUUUUGAUUCACGAUUCGCGUGCCCUAUAUUUUUAAUUGACAUAUUAUUCGCGUGUCCGAAUUAUUUCGUCACGUACCACCACUCACGCGUGCCACUGGUUCGCCAUCCCUGGCAUCUGUUGGCUAGAUUAGGCAACUAUAAAACCUAGAAGUAAAAACGAUUUUGCAUUGCGUUAAGGUCAGUGGCCGAAGCCAACAAGCAUUUUUACAAUAAGAUCCUACGUAUACUAAAUCUCGAUAUAAUUCUGUUUAAAAAUAACUAACCAUUUACUAAAGGUAUGUUUGUCAUUGCCAUUUAUGUACUAGGAUAUCAUAAAACAGCAGUGGCGAAGGGUUCAUAUAACCCGACUUCUACCCCCUCCCCAGAGGCAAUUCUUGUGCGCUUGGUCUCCACACCAAAUGCACGCCCAUGCAUGGGGCACAUUUGCCGCGACCCUAGGCGCACAGCUCGCGCGUAUGCCUCUUGGUUGCUAAAUUCACAUUGAGGUCUCUCUAAGGGUUCGUAAACAUUUCCCUUCCCUUCCUUCCAACCAUCCUGAUAACUCCUCUUCCUUCCCCUUCCCUUCCUCCCCUCUAUCCCCUCCCUUCUUCCUCCCGGGCCCUGGGACCGCCUAGCUAGAGGCUACCGAACCUCCAAUGAUAGCGGUAGGGCCCACCAAUUCAUCAUGGGGCUGCCGUGGUUGCUAAGCCGGGGGAUCGCCUGUACACCAUUAGCGGGAUACCCCCGGUGAUAACCACGGCAGUUCCCCAAAAAAAAAAAA